GAUAGGCCGAAAAGCACCAGAUUAGCACUCCGUAGGGGAUCUUUUCUCUUCACUUUCUUCGUUUCACGGGAAGACGAUCGGCGCCCCAUGGACGGUUCGUGGUUCCGACGCAGCUUUUUCAAGGACACUGAAAAGACCAAAAACCCAGGUCUCUCGGACCAACGCGUCCAAGACGACGAGGACAUACUCGGAGUUACAGAGCAAUUGAUCAAUUACGUCAAGUCCUUCACUUUAGAAACCUUCAAGAAUUUUCCUUCCGCAGAUGAUUCGGGAGGUAAACGUGGUGAUGAUUCUUCAGGCAGUGUUCGGAAUGAUCUCUCAGAAUGGCAGGAGCGACACGCGAUCCUUAUUCUCUCCAAAGUGAAGGAAAUUGCACAUCUUAGAUAUAAGCUUUGCCCACGUUACUUGAAGGAAAGGCAAUUUUGGAAAAUAUAUUUUUCGCUUGUGAAGAGUCAUGUGGCCGAGUGAGUUUGACACUUUGACUACUUUCCAUUAAUUAUUUUGUGGAGAAUUCUAUAGUUGGUAUGAAAAU